ACCGUAGUCUUUUUAUCUCUACAGAGGAAAGCAGCCUCCCAUUCUCGCGAGAAUAUCAUGAGAAACCUGAAGGGGUCUGGGAGAAGAGUGUUGGUUCUGAACCAGGUCGAUUCUUAUAUUGGAUGGGUUCCAAGUGUGCUGAUAGCUAACUUAAUAUGGCUUGUAAAAGAGGGAAUCACAAGCAGUGUUUCUCUACCACUUCAUCUUGUACUUUGAACUGUCAUAAGUCUCCUGUAUGUACAGAUCGAGCUCACAGAAUAUGCAUGGUGUCUGACUUUUUUUAUCCAAAUAUGGGAGGAGUAGAAAGCCACAUUUAUCAACUAUCGCAGUGCCUGAUAGAAAGAGGACACAAAGUUAUCAUUAUCACUCAUGCUUAUGAAGACCGCAAAGGCAUUCGUUACUUGACCAAUGGACUAAAAGUUUAUUAUUUGCCAUUAAGAGUAAUGUACAACCAAUCUACAGCAACAACUCUCUUCCACAGUAUGCCUCUGCUCAGGUAUAUAUUUGUACGAGAGAGAGUCACCAUUGUCCAUGCACAUAGUUCAUUUUCAGCUAUGGCUCACGAUGCACUCUUUCACGCCAAGACAAUGCAACUACAAACAGUUUUUACAGACCAUUCCCUUUUUGGAUUUGCUGAUGUCAGUUCGGUGCUUACAAAUAAACUCUUGACUGUGUCUCUGUGUGACACAAACCACAUCAUUUGUGUUUCUUACACUAGCAAAGAGAACACUGUGUUGCGAGCAGCACUGAAUCCUGAGAUAGUUUCUGUCAUCCCUAAUGCUGUUGAUCCCACAGACUUUACUCCAGAUCCAUCUCAGCGGGACAGCAACACAAUAACGAUUGUUGUUGUUAGCAGACUUGUAUAUAGAAAAGGUAUAGAUUUGCUUAGUGGUAUAAUUCCUGAGCUUUGUCAGAAGUAUCCAAACCUACACUUCAUAGUUGGGGGAGAAGGACCAAAGAGAAUUGUAUUGGAAGAAGUACGAGAAAGAUACCAGCUUCAUGACAGAGUUUGUCUCUUGGGAGCUUUAGAGCAUCAGGAUGUCAGAAAUGUCUUAGUCCGGGGACACAUUUUUCUCAACACUUCCCUCACAGAAGCUUUCUGCAUGGCAAUUGUGGAAGCAGCCAGUUGUGGUUUACAGGUUGUGAGUACAAAAGUUGGUGGGAUUCCUGAAGUGCUACCAGAGAAUCUUAUCAUCUUGUGUGACCCUUCAGUGAAGUCUCUGAGUAAUGGACUGGAAAAGGCUAUAACCCAGCUGAAGUCAGGAUCACUGCCAUCUCCAGAAAUCAUACAUAACCAAGUUAAAACUUUUUAUACUUGGAGAAAUGUUGCAGAGAGAACUGAAAAAGUGUAUGACCGAGUGGCAGGUGAAAUGGUAUUGCCAAUGGGAAAACGGCUUGACAGACUCAUCUCACAUUGUGGCCCUGUGACUGGUUGCAUUUUUGCUCUUCUAUCUGUGCUAAGCUUCCUUUUCCUGAUGUUCCUGAGGUGGCUGACCCCAGACUACCUUAUUGAUUCUGCAGUAGAUGCCACAGGCCCAUGUGGGGCUUGGACUCCACAGAAUUUCCGCAAAAAAAGAGAAACUUUAAAUUCAAACUCCUAAAAAGUGUGUGGAAAACUGGAACUCCGUACUUCAUUCUCCAGCAAUUUUGGCAUUGGCUGGUAGAAUCAGUUUUACAGGCACAUUUAUAAAUUGUUGGACAGCAUUUCUUACUGUUUGAGAAGAGAUUUGGUAAGAUCUGCUACCUCAAAUUAGCAUUGUGUGCUAAUAGACUUGCUUGCCAAAAUUUACGAUAGUACCUGUUCACUAUCUACCCCCCACCCCCGGGAUAUUAUUUUGUAUAAAUCUGGAGCAUGGACAAUGGUGAUCAUUAAUAAGAUAUGAAAUGAAGCAAGAGGAAACUUGGUGAACAGAUCGGUUUUCGAGGCAUCCCUUUUUCUUUUUGUUUUUCCCCAUAGUAUUUUAAUUUGCCUUGUUUCAUUUUUGGAAAGAAAUACGAUAGUAAAAGUAAGGUGGUGUUGAGUCUGUGUGAGGCUUGGUUCAUACUUUUAAAAAUGUGAUGAGGGAAACAAAAAAAGAUGGCUGGCUCUAUGUUCUUCUAAUGCUGGAAAGAUCAACUAUGAAUAUAAGAUAUAUGCCUCCCACAGUUUCUAGGGUCUUCUCUGUGUUCAUACAUUUCUUAUACUCAAACAGUAUGAAAAUCUGCACUCUGGGUCAUUUAUGUGCUUUCCUGUAUUGUGUAAAUAGUAAAUAGGAUAAGGCAGCAGGAAAAGAGGAAGACCUAACAUGAGAUGGAUUGACUUAAUAAAGGUAGCCAUGACCUAAAGCUGCUAACGAUGGGAUGUUUUGGCUAUCAUGAAUUCAUAGGAUUAACAUAAGUUGGAAAUUGAAUUGAUAGCACUUAACACAUGUAUAUGCAAUGCAAGCUUCUUUAGGUGAUCUUGUAGCCCACUUUUUAUUUUGGCUCUCUUGUAUUUUUUUCCCCCAAGCUAGAUAUGAGGACUGGCUGUGCAUUCUGAUUGGUGGGGAUGUUAUGCUUAAUAUAGUGAAACCAGUGACACAUAUGGGGAGGAUAAUUCUUUUCCCCUAGGACUGUCAAAAAUAUCUGUCUCUUAGUUUGAUAUGGAAGAAUGCAAAUCAGGUUUACCACACCAGUCUGGGCCCCUGUUGUUCCUUAUUUCUUUAGAACAAGUUCUCUUUCUGACUAAAAUAUUCUCAAAAUAAAUGUAAAGGUUAUACAUUAA